AUGCAGCAUGCUUCUGAGUUAACCCGAAAGUAGGCCGUACCUGUGUUGAAUGAAUGCUGUAAAACGAUUUUUUCUUUUAGGGUACAGCUCGUUCAAGUACAUCGGUAUUGUCCACGUUGGCACUAGGCUGUUUUCUAAUUCACGAAUAACAGCGAAAAACCUCUCAAGUAACUGGGGAGCUAAGAAAAUUAAAAAGUUUAAAUUAGCUUUUGCUAGAACAAUGACUGAUCCAAAAGUAAACGAAAUCUUAGAUCCUUUGCGAAAGUCAGUUAAGGAGCAGGGCGAUAUUGUGCGAAGCUUGAAAGAAAAUGGUGCAGCUGAACUAGAUGUCAAGAAAGCUAUUAAUGAAUUGAAAGCAAGGAAAAAAAUGUUGGAAGAUAAGGAGUUGGAACUUGCCCCACCCGAGGUUGGUUUUGAUCGAGUCAAGAUGGAAGAUUUAUUGAAACGUCGGUUCUAUUUUGACCAGUCAUUUUCAAUUUAUGGAGGUAUUGCGGGACAGUUUGACUUUGGUCCAAUGGGGUGUGCUAUGAAAACCAACAUGUUAAAUGCUUGGCGUAGUCACUUUGUCUUAGAAGAACAGAUGUUGGAAGUGGACUGCACCAUGUUGACUCCUGAACCCGUUCUUAAAGCUUCUGGUCACGUUGAUCGUUUUGCUGAUCUAAUGGUGAAAGAUGUGAAAAAUGGAGAAUGUUUUCGAUUAGAUCACCUAAUAAAAGCUCACUUGGAGAAAAUGAUGAUGGAUAAAAAAACAACAGCAGAACAAAAGGCUGAGUAUGAAGAUAUUAUUGUAAAGUUAGAUGGCAUGAAUAAAGAGGAGAUGAAUGCAGUACUUAGAAGAUUUAAUAUGAAAUCCCCAGUAACUGGCAAUGAUCUUUCCGAUGCAAUGGAGUUUAACCUGAUGUUUAGUACCUCAAUAGGGCCUACUGGCCUGGUAAAAGGGUUUCUACGACCAGAGACAGCACAAGGUAUAUUUGUAAACUUCAAACGACUCCUGGAGUUUAACCAGAGCAAGCUGCCUUUUGCUGCUGCCCAGAUAGGAAACUCUUUCAGAAACGAGAUUUCUCCACGCUCUGGGCUUAUUCGUGUCAGAGAGUUUACAAUGGCUGAAAUAGAACAUUUUGUGGAUCCUGCUAAUAAAGAUCAUCCCAAAUUUGACGCAGUGAAAGACUUGGUUGUCACUCUUUACUCUGCAUGUAAUCAAAUGGAAGGGAAAGCAGCAGAACCAAUCAGGAUAGGAGAGGCAGUAAAACAGAAAACAAUUGCCAAUGAGACUCUAGCCUAUUUCAUGGCAAGAAUUUACCAGUUUAUGGUGAAGGUGGGUGUUGACCCUCGUAGACUUCGUUUCCGACAGCACAUGAGUAAUGAAAUGGCUCAUUAUGCUUGUGACUGCUGGGAUGCAGAGUGCAAGACCUCUUAUGGCUGGGUGGAAUGUGUUGGUUGUGCUGACAGAUCCUGCUAUGACUUGACACAACAUACAAAAGCCACUGGUGUAAAACUGGUAGCUGAAAAGAAACUAGCAGAACCAAAGACUAUAGAAGUGGUAGAAUGUGUUCCACAGAAGCCAGUAAUGGGUAAAGCCUUCAAGAAAGAAGCCAAAGAUGUGAUGGAAGUUCUAUCUACUUUAGGGGAAGAUAACAUCAUUGAAAUGGAGAAGAAGCUAGAAACUGAUGGAGAGUAUUCGUUGAUGGUGAAAGGCAAAGAAUACAUUUUAACUAAAGAAAUGGUGACUGUGAAACGUUAUCAAAAGACUGUCCAUGUUGAAGAAAUAGUACCUGCAGUAAUAGAGCCAUCGUUUGGGAUUGGUCGAAUUAUGUAUUCUGUCUGGGAACACAAUUUUAGAAUGAGGGAAGGAGAUGAACAACGAACGUACUUUGCUUUACCACCACUCGUUGCACCUAUGAAGUGCUCGGUGCUGCCACUCAGUAAUAACCCAGAGUUUGCACCAUUUGUCAAGAGAAUCUCCCAGGAUCUUACCAAGAAUGACGUGUCUCACAAAGUAGAUGACAGUAGUGGUUCUAUUGGACGCCGAUACGCACGCACAGAUGAAAUUGCAAUUCCUUUUGGUAUCACUGUGGACUUUGACACACUUCAGUCUCCACAUACAGCAACUGUAAGAGAACGAGAUACCAUGGAACAGAUAAGAGCACCAAUUGAAGACUUGGGUGAGGUCGUACGAGAUCUUGCAUGUGGAAAGAGAAGUUGGGAUGAAGUAAAGGUCUGUUAUCCAAAGUUUGAGCAGCAAGAGACAACACGUGCUGGUUGACCACUCUAAAAAAAAUACUCAUUAAAGUGGUAUAUAAGAAGUUAACAAAUUGCAUAUUUAUUCUCUUCCUUUAUAAAAACCACCUUUGCUUUUAGUGCAAAUGAUUUUAUAAUACAUAUUCUAACAGACAGGAAAAAUUAUAAAGAAAAAAUUUCAACAUUAGAUAUGCUCAUCUUCAGCUGAAGAAACCGUAGCUUAUUUGUUGACUUCUUUAUCUAAUCCCUUUCUAUACAGAGUGACUGAUCAAAUAUUCAUUCCCAUGUUUCAAGUAGAAGUUCUGAAAUAUUCUAAAUUUUAUGAGGAAAUUAUCCAGCGGUGAUUUUUUGAACAUCAUGUAUACUGUAAAUCGAGUUGAUCUGGCUUGUAACUAAACACAUAUUUGAUAUCUUUAAAGCAUGAAUAUUUUCUUGAGUUAUUGAAUGAUAGUUAGGCUAGGUACUGAAUGAUAGAGGUGCUCUAUUGGAAUACCUUAACUUAUUCUGGUUGUUCCUAGGUUUUAUAUGGCUUCUUGUAUAUUGGCCAUAUAAAUAUUUCUGGGUUGAUGGAUGUACAACUUAUAAUCGGCACUAGUUUGGAAAGUGGAUUAGAAGACCCUUUCACGGCUUAAAAUCAUUACUUAAAACUGAAAAAUUAAAUGAAUAAAACUUCUUUUGAAACUUU